AUCACCAUCUCGCAUUGCAAUUGCAUCAAGAGCUCCCCUCCUUGCAUCUAGCUGCCUGACAAAAUAGGAACCACGCCUUCCUCUUUUAAAUUUCAUCAGAAUGGCAGUCAACACCAUCACUCAAGAUGACAUCACUUCAAAUUGUUCUUUGCCUGACCAGAGUACAAAAGACUUCAUCAUGCAGCAGACAAUGAUCCGAGUGAAAGACCCAAGAAAGUCCUUGGACUUUUACACACGUGUUCUGGGCAUGAGGCUAUUGAGGAACUUUGACUUUCCCGAGAUGAAGUUCUCAUUGUUCUUCAUGGGUUAUUGUAAGGAGGAGGACAUGCCCAAAGAUGAAGCUGAGAGGAUCAAAUGGACCUUCAGACAACCUGCUACAAUUGAACUCACUUACAAUUAUGGAACAGACGCUGAUGAAGAUUUUAAAGGCUAUCAUAGUGGCAACAAAGAUCCCAAAGGAUUUGGACAUAUUGGGAUAUCAGUUCCUGAUGUAGAAUCAGCCUGCAAGAGAUUUGAUGAGCUUGGAGUCAACUUCAUAAAGAAACCCACUGAUGGAAAGAUGAAGAAUAUUGCUUUCAUUACCGACCCUGAUGGCUACUGGAUCGAGAUCCUGUCUCCAAAUGACAUGGGAACUUUACUGAAGUAGGAACAUCACCAGUACUGACUGAAUCCUCGAAGAAGCUGAUGAAUGAAGUAUCAUCAGCUACUUCAAUGAAGGUGCUAACUUUGACACGGGUUGACACCUUAGUGGUGCCAAGUAGAAGAAACUCCCCCUUGGUGGUCCCGAGCAGUUAAGUGCGCCGAACUUGAGUUCUGUUGGCUGAGUCAUCAGGGUGUGGGUUCGAAUCCCUGUCAUGACACUUGUGUCCUUGAGCAAUACACUUAACUAUAAUUGUUUCUCUGCACCCAGGAGUAAAUGGGUACCUGUGAGGGCAGAGAUGGUUCUUGUGGUUGAUUUAGCUUUGGUGCGCUUAUAUACUUUGGUCGUCAGACUGAUACUCCCCAGGGAGCUGAGAUAGUUUCAAGAAUGAAAUACUGAGUGGCCCAGUGUCUAGAAGAUAGUAAUAUCUGAAGCGCAAUGGUCAUUCUUUAGAUUUGCACCAUAUAAGAGCCGAUAUCAUUAUUACUUAAAAAUUAAAGCAAUAAUAUCUAGGUCCAUUCUAGAGCUUUUUACAUCAGUGUAUCAAUGCACUUUACUUUGUGGUCUGGUUAUCACCUAGCCAAAUAACAUUCCUGUAAUCUUUCUCAACUCCCUGGGGUCUUUCUCAACUCCCUGAGGAGUAUACAAACAUAAUAUCAACAAACAUAAUUUUAACCGGAUCUAUCCUCGUAGGCACCCUUAUCCUCCUGGGAUGAGCAGAAGCAGUUAUAAAAAAGCACCCUGCUCUGGGACAAAACUGUCACAACCAGGAUUUGAACCCACAUAUCAUGCCACCAAGGUUAUUUUUAAAGUGUUAAAGUGCACAAAACCCACAUAAGUCAUUGUCUUCAGCAAGCCUUAAUGGGAAGGUACACGUUUGGUAAUUGUUAAAGACCACUCCAGUCUUCUCACUUGGUGUUUCCCAACAUGAGCAUAAAA